GAGCGACGAUUGCAUGUCUUCAAAUUCAUGAUCAAUGCCGGAGAUGUAAGCUUCGCACUUCGAAGUUCGCGUUCGCUUUGCAGCAGUCACGACCUCAUUUACCCGCUCAGUACUAGGUUCGCUGAGUAAUUACUGUGACAUGCAGGAAAGCGCAGGCCCUGUGAAUGUCUUGUGGUAGCGUGCUUUAUCAGCAAGUUACCAAUAGUAUGUCGUUUCAGAUAUGACGGAAUCUCUCGCAAUCGCAUCCACGAUUACCUUGCGUAGACAGUAAUGGAAGCUUCCGUUCAAGGCGUGUAUAAAAAGGGGCGGAUGGUGUGGUCGUAGCUCCCACACAUCCAGUACUUCUCCUCUCUCCCAAACGACGUAUAAACAUGCCUGAGCGAAUCACCCUCUACACCGCUAAGAUUUGCCCUUAUGCUCACCGAGUCGAGAUCGCACUGGCUGAGGCCAAAGCCGAGUUUAAGCGUUUUGAGAUCGACCUGAAGAACAAGCCUGAGUGGUACGCUCCCAAAGUCAACCCUGCUAGCAAGGUCCCCGCAAUAGCCUAUGGUGGCCCAGAUGUCCCACCCGACCAGCCUUCCCCUGAAUCUAUCAAGAUCGCUGAAUCACUUGUGCUAAUUGAAUUUGUGGCCGACCUCUUCCCUUCUGCCUCCCUUCUACCUUCUGACCCCGUCUUGCGCGCCAAGGCACGUUUCUUCUACGACGCGGUCGGGACCAAGUACAAUCCUGCGUACUUUUCCUACGUCAUCCGAGGUGACGGGUCUCAAGAGGGUUUGUUCAAAGGCAUUGAAGAGCUGCAAGCGUUGUUGCCGGAGAAGGGGUACGCUGUAGGGGAUUGGAGUAUUGCAGAUGCUGCGUGGACGCCGUUUAUCGCCAGAUUGCUUGCGGCACUUGAACUUGAUGUCGGGGCUUACGCCGUCGGAGAAGGACCUGAGACUUUGAAGACAUUGCUAAGCGAUGCGAGGUUCGCGAGGUUCCAGCAGUACUGGAAAGACGUGAGCUCGAGGCCUAGCUUCACAUCCACCUUCGACAAGGAAUACAUCAAGAGCGCGUUUACGAAGCGUUUCGCUGAUAUCAAGCGUGCGCAGAAAUGAUUCGCAGUGAAGUUAUGACGAAUACCGCUUUGUAUUUGUAUGAAAUAUGUGAAUCAUGAUGCAUUGAUGUUCUGGGCCUGGAAUGCCGCUUG